AUAGAGUUCGAUACUUUAUACGGUACGAGGUGAUAGGUUUUGUUGUCAUGGGGUUGAACGCGUUUGGUGGAGUGAGGAAUUACUGAAGUCGGACAUUGGGGGACAGGAAAAGCGAGAGAGUGUGUGGAGUUGGGGUUUCCGCCGGAGGUAUUGACGAUGGGUCAUGACGAGAGGUUGUUUGUGAGCGGUGGCGGUGGCCCUAGCGCGGCAGGCGUGCCAAAUAGGUUGGUGGAGUGUCGAAUGGACAAAGACAGAGUCAGAAUAAGAGUGGAGGCGGUGUAUGACACGGGAGAAUCGCCGAUAAUGUCUAUGGCAUAUCACCCAUCGGAAGAUCGCCUGGCAUGCGGUGUGGAUGAUGUGUGUCACGUGUAUGCGGUGACAAGAGACGGAUUAGAAUGGGAAAAGAAGGUGGUGACGAGUCUCGAGGAUGGAGAAUAUCAGAAGUGCGUUAGGUUUAAACCGGACGGAAGGGACAUGGUGACAUCUGGAACAGAUGGCAUGGUGAAAAUUUGGCCGUUGCAAGAUAAUGGGGUGAAAAGGACCAUCAAUGCGCACAAGUGUGCGGAAACUGAUUGGGACAAGGAAACGAUCGACCUGGACGUGACAAACAAGGUUGUGCUGACAGUAACAAAAAAUGCAUGCAAGGUUUAUAAAUACGAUGAGGGAUACAUGCUAGAGAGCUUGCCAAGGGAGGCGGAAUGCUAUUUUCGAGGGGCUAAGUUUUCGCCAGAAAUAUCUGAGGUGGUUGACUCUAUGCCGCGGUACGUCUAUACUUGUGAAUACAAGCCCUUGACGAAGAUGUGGAUCAAAAGAUACGAAACAAAUAAAUGGACAUGCGAAAAGGGGUUGGCCGUUCAAUUCGCAAAGGACCACCCGACUUCUUUCUGUCUGAGUCGGAAUGGGAAGUUGUUAGCAGUUGGGACUGCAGAAGGGUUCAUUCGAGUUUACGACGCCUCGUCGAUGCAGGAGAUGGCAAGAGUGAGCGUCCAUCGCUUCUAUAUACCUGAUAUGGUCAUAUUAGAAGCUGGUUCUGGCAUUUCUUCCGGCUCUUUUCGCACGAGCGCAACAUGCAAGAUUGCAUCAGUUUCUGGAGACGGCACGCUUAAGCUAACUACGGUCAAGAUGAGGGGCGUACGCACUUGGACACUGGCCUUCUGGAUAGCGGUGUUUGUCACGUGGAUACUCUGGUUUUUUGGAGCCGAGUUUCGGGACUUCUAUAAAUAA